GGCGCCUGUUCUUAGAUAUUUUGGGGCACAGUGUUUAUAAGAAGGGUUUGGAAGUUGAUGAGACCAUAGUCUCAAACGCCUCCUCGACAGAAAAGACUGCUCUCUAUUCCAAUGCUAGUCUACAACGGAAAACUUGGCACGUUUGCUACCUUCGCGUACAAUGAGUCCAUUACCAUCGUCUUUCCAGCGGGCUUCGCCCUGAACGAUCCAGUCUGUGCGUUUUGGCAAUGGACCCAGGAUGCUGCAAAUCGGAACAAAAAAAUAAACGUGAACGAGUUAGGUUUUAUCAGCUCUGUCACGACGAAAAACGAUGAAUACAAGCUCACCUUUACCUUCGACUUUUACGGUUUCAAUGUCACUGUUGCAGGCGAUGCCAGUACAAUCGAAGUGUCAUUGUUCAAUCCAGCGAACAACCAAUCCGCUGCUACAAAGUUGGAACGACAGUAUAACAAUUUGGUGCAGUUUCGCUCUACGGCCGUGUUCACCGGGAAGCUAAACUGGUUCAAAUACGCGGAAAACGAGAUGUUGACUCUCGUCAUUCCUCGCGGUGUGUCUAACGGUGCCCCCGUUGGCCUGUAUCAUCAGUGGACUGUCGAUGCCUCGGGAGUCGAAAAGGCGAAUAAUGCUGUAAAUUCCACCUUCCGAGAUGUCAAAACCGAUGCAGAUGGUGAAACCAAGGGGACGUUUGGUGAUGGGUACUACACCUAUAAGGUCACUCUGCGGAGCAACGGAAAGGAGGUCGAAAUAGUCAUGUCCAACCCGAGCCAUGCCGAGACUAAAAACGAACUGAAGAAAGUCUAUGGCUACUAAAGUAGUGGUAUUGUAUGGUACUUGAAAGCGCCAAAAAACAAAUGCAGAUUUUGUGUAACUUUGAGU